ACGAUACAUAUUUGAUAAUUAUGUUGUUCUUCCAAUAAUAAUAAUUAAACUAUAAAUUAAUUUAUCUUUAUUAAUUUUAUUAAACUUAUGAAUACCGUCCAGUUGAACGUGUUUCUACAGCAUGGUUGAUCACUGUAUAGAAAUUACUAAUAAAUUAGUAUAGUCACCUAUACGAUACGGACCUACUGUAUACUGUGUAGGUAAUAGGUACCUUCUACCUACAAUUAUUCAUUGAAUUUAGUUACAAAAUUUUAAGACACUAAAUUUGUAUUAAUCUUCUUGACGUUGAUUCAUAUUCAUAUUUGAUUAAUACUCUAAAAUGAAUUCAUUAGUAGCUGACUAUGGAGAUGAAACAGACACAGAUUCGUUGGAAAGUGAUCAACAUCUAGAUGAAAACACUAAGGACUUGAAGACAGAUGAUGAAUUUAAAUCUGAGAAUAAGCUUCCUGCACCAAGAUUUAAAGAAACUGGUAUAAUUAAUGAAUCAGUCUUUAGAAAUCCUUAUUUGGAAGCAGAACGAGCUAAAAGUGCAGUAUUAGAAAAACAUGUUAAAAUGGUCCCUGCUAAGGACCAUCUUACAAAAGUUAAUGGAAAAAAUAUAUGUUGGAUGAAUAAAAAAGGUCGUUGCCGUUUUGGUAAUAAAUGUAAAUUUGCUCACGAUUCAGAAUUAUUCAAUGGUCCAAAUAUAAUAGAUGAAAACAAAUCAAAUAAGGAGAGUUUUAAAUUGAAUAAUAAAAAAAAAAGACCCGGUUUAUCAGAAACUUUAAUACCAGGAAAAAAAGUACUUAAAAUAUUUAAAAAAACAGAAAUGUCUAAUGUGCAUUCAUAAAAUAUUAACUUUAUAUUUUAUACUGUUUUUUAAAUCCUUAUAAUAUAUUACCAUUAAUAUUAAUAAUUGAUAAUAUGGUAUUAAAAAUUAUGUAUAUAAUAUAAGUAUGUUAAAAUAAUAAAUGUAAUUAUAGAAUUAUAAAUUUACAGAAAAAACUAGUCA